AUGCCAUCAUCAUACCUUAAUGACUGGAAACUUUUUUUAAGUUGGUUGACAAGCACAAAUUUAAAUGUUCAAAUACGUUGCUUAGUUAGAUUGGGUGAAAUUUUCUAUGAACCAUUGAUGCAAUUUAUGAUUGGUCAAGAUCCACAUCCAAGAAUUUAUACAGAAUCAGGAUUUAAAAACCUUCCAAAUGGCAGAAGAGCACAUGAAAUGCCAGACAAAGUUACAGAAUGGUUAUCAUUCCUUAGAGAUUUAAAAGAAAAUUUUGAUAUAAUAUUUGGGCAAGAAUUAUUGGAAGCACUCGAAUCACUUGAUUCAGAUGAAUGGGGUUCAUUUAAAUCUUGGGUAAAUGAACCUUCACAAAUUGAAAUUAAUUAUGCUGAACAGUUACAAAAUGAUGUAGAAAAUUUUUUUACUGAUGAUUUUGGUUUACAAAAUCGUCUGACACAAAAUCAAGAAUUUAAAAAAGAAUUUGAAGAAUUUUGCAAUACACUAGAUCCAACCCUUUCUAAUUUUCAAUUAUUAUAUUCAUUUGUAAAGGAAAAAAUUUAUUGUAUAAUCAUUCAUCAGCAACAAGUUGAAGGAUUAUUCAACAAAUUAGAUCUUAAAACACAUGAUAAUAUGUCAAUUAAUACUAAAAAAGCUAAAAUUCAACUCACUAAUGGUCCAAUUGAUAAGAUAAAUAUAGAGAAUAAUUUAAAUGAAAUCAGAGCUCAACAAAAGAGACAAAAGUUAAAUGUUUUACAAGAAAAUAUUCAACAACAUUAUGGUCAAAAUUAUGCAAAUUCAUUAUAUUCCAAUUUAUUUCAAAACUAA